AUGAUCGUACAUAUGCCAUCGCGUCUUUGGCGUAUUAGUGCACAUGUCGUGGACUCCCUCCACAACGGUUUACAGCCUCAUAGGGGCGUGGAGGUGACUCUGGGCGUCGAACUGCGAUGCACAGCCGAGGACGUCAUUGAUUCUGGACCAAGGCGGCACACGCACGACUCGCCAUGGAGACUAUCUCAGACUGUGUACUUCGAGAACGCGAGAAAAGUGUCCACAGAGGCUGACCUGUAUGUCCUUCUCGGAGCUGCAGAGCGUAUCAAAUUUCAUGUAAUUGCUCUGCAGGAGACCAAGUGCAGAAGGAGCGACGUACGACAGAUGAAUGACGAUACACUCGUCAUCCGUGGAGAGAAGGUUCCGUCGCGAAAUGUAGGCGGCGUUGGUUUUGUCAUGCACCCAUCUGUCGUCCAUCUUAUCGAUUCUCACGAGAUCCUGUCACCUCGUCUGGCCAUUCUUCGUCUCCGCCCUCUGCGCCAAGAACCCAUCAGUAUCAUCAACUGCUACUCACCAACAUCAGCAGCUGAUGAAUCCGAAUUGGAUGCGUUUUACGAAAAGUAUGGAGGAAGUGGUUCGCAACGAGAAGUCCUUCUACAAGUUCGUUGUCUGAGACUUCAACGCAAAACUAGGAGAGGCUACAGAGGAGGAAAACAGGAUAAGAAGAUUUGGACUAAGGGACCGGAAUGA